UUACAGUGAGUGUGUUGACAAUGAACUGAAGCAGAAGUAUCUAUAACACAAUCCAUCAAGCAUGAAGUGGAUAAUAAUACUUCAGAUUUUUAUAAUAUAUGAACUUGAUGGUGCUGAUAAUAAUGAAACUGUUAUUUUUCAAACUCCUGCAAUACCUACAAUGGACACCAGAGACCAGAUGAAGGAGAAUCAGACUAUUUCAUUGUUAUCAGCUACAAAAACACCUGUCGCAGCAGAUGUGGAAAACCUUAAUACUUCUAAAGAUGUCAAUAAUACAGAAAGCAAUACACAUUUGAAAGUGAAAUCUGUUCAGUUCAAAGAGAACCAAGAUCAACAGUGGAAUUUGCUUGGUGGAAAUAGAUAUCCCAGAAAAGCAUCUGGAAGAGUAAGCAAAUCAAGCUUUGAGACAGCCAGAGGAAAAAACUGGUGUGCAUAUGUCCACACAAGGCUGUCUCCUACGGCGGUGGUAGACAAUGUGGAAUCUUAUGUGUCUGUGUCCACUCAGCCAUGUGACUGGAACGUUGGAGGGUGUCCUGUGAGAUACCAGUUAAUACGUCGCCCAACGUACAGAGUGAAGCACAAAAUAGUUACAUCAUUAGAGUGGAAAUGUUGUCCUGGAUUCAAUGGAGCUAAGUGUGAACUGAAAAAUGAGGAAGAACAGAGACAAGUGGUAGAAACUCCAAAUGAGACUGGUAGUGCACAAAAGACACAACUCUCAAAGAGCAUCAAUCCAGAAUUAGCAGAGAACAAGAAUGAUACGCUAUAUAGCCAAGAAAUACAGCUCCUUCAUUUGAAGAAGAAGAUGGACAACAUUUCUAGUAAUAUAAAUGAAGUAACAUCAAAGCUUCUUUCUUUUGAGGAAAAACUGAAUGCAGAUAAAACUACUGAUAUACAGAAAGACUCACCUGAAUUUAAAUUAACUGAUAUUGAGCAACUAGUAAAAGAGAUGUUUCAGGCUCAGGUUAAAGGUUUUCAAGACAAUAUACAAGAGAUGGCUGCCCAGUUAUUCCGCACAGUGUCAAAUUUAACUGAAGAGCUUCAGAACUCCAAGGGAACUAUUAAUAAAUUAAACCAAACUGUUACUUUUCUAAAAAAUAAGUGCCAGCACAUGGAUGAAGUGAUCAAUGAUAUAAGCAAAGAUAUAAUGCAAGUUAAAAAUGGAGUGCAUAAUACGAAGAAUGAUCUGUUUAGUAAAAUUAACAAUGUAUCUAAAAAUGCAUCAGACAAGAAUAAAAGACUAAAGGAGGAAUUUGAACUUGAAAAACAGAAAAAUGGUCUUUAUUUUGAGAUUUUCAAUUCAACAAUUAUUCAAAUUAAGGAAAUUCAUGGUCAGCUCAUGCUUGGGGAAGACUUUGAUAAAGCUGGGGCUGUUGAGAGAAACAAUAACCUUCAGCAAGACAGUAUUAGGGAGCCUUCUUCUGUUCUGAGUGAGACUGUCAGAAAGCAGGCACUGGCAAUUCUACAACUGCAGGGUCAAACAGCUGAACACAGUAUGAAGAUUGGAAAUCUUUCUUUGACGUCCAGUUCACAGAAAAAUCUCAUUUACACAACUUGUGAAACAAUGCUUUUCCAGUGCAAAAAUAACUUUGAAAAUCAAAUGGACAAGCUGGAGGAUCAUGUAAAUGCUAUGAAUAAAACUUUCUGUGACACAAUCCUGCCAAUGGAUAAAAUGUUCACUGUGAUGGAGGAAAGAAUUAGUCAUGUCUCUUACGAUCUCGAGGAGUUAAAGCCCAUAAUCGAAAAAAAGUCAGCCUCAAAAGAUGAUGCCAAUAGUAAAUGUAACUCAGAAGUGUUUGUCUUAAAAAAAGAAGUUGACAGAGUCUCAUCUGAACUAAAGGUUCUCAGCUUUAACUUUAUGGACUUUGCGAAAAUUCAGAAUGAAUUAAGAAAUAUAAGCAAAGAAAAGGAGGAGCAAUUUGCUAAACGUUUUGAAACAUCUGUUGUGGAAAUUGAAGAUGGUAUUAAUGGUACAAUGACCAUUUUAAACAAUGCCAUUGAUUCAGUCAAGGAUAACUAUUAUAAACUUGAAACUGAAGUUGCGGCAUUAAAUGUACGGAUAAAUAAAACACACUAUGAAAGCAAAAACUACAAUGUCAGCCUAUCAUUUCAGUUUACUGAUCUAUAUAAUCGCAUGAACAGAUUACAGGACAAAGCAGAAAUGACAGAAAAUAUUCUAAUGGCAAUGGGGGUACUUGCAGAUGUAAUGCUCCAAGAUUCAGAAAAUAACAGACUGCCAAACCUCACCGAAAUUUCCUUGCUGACACGUGCUUCAUUAUCUAGAAGUGAAAAUCACCAACAAGCAAUCAGUAGCCUAGAAGAAACAUCCACAAAGUAUUCUCAAGAUUUCAAAAGAUUUAGGUUGCGUCUGCAAAGUGUUGAAUCAAAGUUAAAUUCCAUGCUUGAAAAUGCAGGUUCCUCUCCUAAAUCCAAAAAGCUUAUAAAAACACCUGAUUUGAAAGACAUAUUACUAAAAUUCCAAGAACUAAAUGAGAGUAUUAAUGAACUGUCAGGUAAACUACACAACAAUACACAUGAAAUUUUGUGGAUUCAGGGGGUUGCCUUAAAAGCUCUUAACCAAAGUCAAAAUAUCUCUUUGUUGUGUGACUCUAAUGCCAAUGCUGACCAAUUAAAUAUAACAGCAUUACAUAAAGGGCUUAAGAACCUUCUGCUACCUACCCAAAAGGCUACUAGCAAAUUUAUCUUAGCUAAUAUUUCACUUUAUGUUGAUGAAGUAAUAUCCAGGAUAUAUCAAGAAAUAACAAAACUGCAAAAGCAAGUGAAACAGCUCUCAAAGAAGCAAGAUGCAUUAUUAAAAACCAAUAUGAACAUCACCUCAUCACUGGUCAGUCGAAGUCAGAGGAAUAUAGAAGGUGCUGUUGAAUUAGUGUCUGAAGAAACUGAUAACUGCAUCGGUUUACCAUGUCAAAAUGGUGGUACUUGCAUCAAUCAAAGAAAGAAUUUUGUCUGUGCAUGCCGUCCUCCAUUUAGUGGAGUCAACUGUACUUUGAAAUUAGUGAAUGAAAAUGCAGCAUCCACAGAUUUCUCCAAAGGAUCCUAUCGGUAUGCUCCUAUGGUCACUUUUUUUGCAGCACACACAUAUGAGAUGACAAGUCCUGGAGUAAUCAGAUUCAACCAUCUUUAUGUCAACUAUGGCGCAUCAUAUGCUCCAGGCAGUGGAAAGUUUUUAGUUCCUUACUUGGGUGUGUAUGUUUUCAAAUACACAAUAAAAUCCUGUAGUCCAGAAACCUCUGGGUAUAUGGUGGUUGAUGAGAUUGACAAACUGGCUUUUCAGUCUGAAGAUACCUCUGCAGCUUGCAGGUUAAUUACAGGAGAUGCGGUGCUUGAAUUAAAUUAUGGUCAACAGGUUUGGUUACGCCUGGAGAAAGGAUCCAUCCCUUCAUAUUUCCCUCCUGUUACAACAUUUGGAGGGUAUUUGUUGUACCGUACCUAAUGGUGUUCAGUCUACAUUAAUUUAUCUUGUGGUCUGGUAUAUAAAACUUUGAAACAGAUUAUGUCCUUGGCAAAAUGACUAAUUUUAAACAAUGUUUUUUUUUUCUCUGUACAUAUUUUUACAUUAUAAUUUCAGGCUAUUUUGCUUUUUAUACACAAUGACAAUAUUUUAAGAUAUUUUAAUGUUCAGAUAUCCCAGAUGGUCUUGAGAUAUUUCAAUCUUGAAAGCAGAGAUUGCAAGUCAAUUUAUGAGAAUAAAGUUUGAUAAACAAGAGGAGACUAUGAAAAGUCAAAAUACCAUUUAGAAAUAUCUCAAAAUUGAUUUUAGGAUAUCUUGAAAUUAAUUUUAAGACAUCUUAAAAUGAGUUUCAGAUAUCUCAUAACUCAUUAAUUUUAUCAUAACUGUAUUUUCAGGUAUGAAACUAAAUUUGAGAUAACUCAAUAUUAUGUCCUGUAAAAAGUUUCAAAAGGAUUUCCUAUCAUUCUACGAUAUCUGUAUAUUUCAGAUAGCUGAAACUGGUCUGGAUGACAUUUUAUACUCUCUCAAAAUUAACUCAUGUCUGAUAUACCUAAAAUACUUUCAUAUAUCUGAAAUUAAUUUCCUGAUAUCAUAAAAUGGGUUCCAGCUCCAUUUGUGAUGUAUUAAAGAAAAUUUUGUAAUAUCUCAAAUUUUAUUUCAAGAUAUAUGAAAUACAUUUUCAGAUAUCUUGUAAAAGACAAAAAGGUAUUUUUAAAAUAUCUAUCCUUUUUAUUUAGAUGUCUGAAACAUUAUCAAAGAUAACUCAAAUGCAUUGCUAGUUCCUGUGUAUUUUCUCAUAUAUAAAAUGCAUUUCAAGAUAUUUUAAAAGAGACAGAAAGUCCUAAUAGAAUAGAAAUUUGUAUAAGAUGUGACUUUGAGAAAACAAUUUAUGUCAGAUAUACAAAAAUGCACACAAGGUCUACUACAGAUAUCUCUAAAAGUGUCUAUGAUGUAUUUUAAAGCAUUUUACAUAACUCAAAAUGUGUUGCAGAUAUCUUAAAAUAUAAAGAAUUUUAUUGUGAGUAUAUUUCCAGAUAUCUAAGAAGUUGAACUGCACAUUAAGAUAUUUAAAGAUAACUUGGAGAUAUCCCUAGUUGUUAAUAACGCUUCUCAAGGGAGACCAAUCGGUCUAUCAGCUUAGGCUAAUUCACCAAUAGCUGAGAUCUGCCAGAUGCUUUUUAAAAGUUGUUAGGUUUCCCACUUCAACUGUGUGACUCAGCAGUUUAUUCCGGAGUCUCACCACCUUUUGUGUGAAGUGCUUUAUGAUAUAACGGCAUUUAAUUGCUUUCCAACAAUUUUUACUAUAUAACCUACUAUUUUAUUAGACUUUUUAAUUGCUUCUCCAUGUUCCUUAGAAGAUCAGCGUGUUGUGAAAACAUGGAUACCUAAAUUCUUUUCAGAGUCUGCUUCCUGUAGAUUUGCAGUACCUAUUUUGUAAUAGUAAUAUAUUUUCCCUUUGCCCAUGUAUGACACUUUGCAUUACUCUGCAUUUAACUGUAUUUUCCAAGUGUUUGCCCAGUUUUGAAGGUGGUCUUGUUCUUUUUUAGUUUACUCUGUCAUCAGUACUAUAUUACCUACCACUCCAAUUUUGGUGUAAUUUCAAAAUUUUACAGGAUGACUUGUUUUAUUAGAAUUUGUAUUACUAAUAUAAAGAAUUAUAAAAAGUUAAUGAUCCUAGAAUACACUCCACUGAUGAUUUACUCCAUGAAGAGCAUUUCUCUGUUGCCUAUACUUUUGUAAAUUACCUCUGAUGCCAGUAUCUUCUAGAUUUAAAAUUAAUCUUGCAUGUAAAAACAUAUCAAAGCUGUUUUUGACUGUCUAAGUAAAUUAUGUCGUAUGUUUUAUUUUAUUCUAGCUACCUGACAAAUUAGUCUGGCUGAAUUUAUUCUCUCAUUUAACCAUGAUGCUUGUUAUAUAGUAUAUUCUUUCCAUCCAAGUAGUGCUAUGAUUUAUUUCUGAUUAUAGUUUUCUUAAUAAGAUUUGUUAAUGGUGUGUAAUUAAUGGGAUCAAGAGUGUCUUUCUUGGGGUGGGUUGAAAUCAAAUUGGCAACUUUCCAGUUAUCAGCCACUUCUGUAAUUCCUUAGUGAAAGAAAAUGAUUUUAACUUUGUUAUAGCUUUUUAACCUAGAAAGUCCAUAAAUAAUUUUAAAAAUAAAGAGAAAACUAUUAAAUGAUAAAAUAAUGUGUAAGAAUGCAAGAUUUAGGACUGAUUUUUAAACUCCUUUACAUUUGUACCAAAUGUAUUUGUCUAACUUUUCAUAUGUUUUUGAAAAGGAUAUUUGUUUUUACUUGUUCACCCUAAGAAGAGUGAUUUAAUGUGUGCACAUUACACCAGUCAAAAAUCCUAAACUUAAUGUGGAUGAGCAUUACUAUGUCCUAAUAAAUCAGUGAUAGUAAUAAACUUUUACUGUAAUCUCAGUGGGCAAUUAUGCCAUUCUAACUGGACUGAUCGGCAGUCAUAAUUUCUGUUUAAAAGAUUGUUAACUGGUUGCCUUUAUUUGUAUCUUAUAUUU